AUGGCUUUGUUCAAGGUCCUCUGUCAUCUUCCAGUAAGCGAAAAUAAGAUUGUUCAAGAUAAAGUGACACGUUUUCCUGUAUCUCACUUUAUCUCCACACAGUUCUGUGCCAGCAGCCAUUGUGGCGUCGGCCACUCGGGCGAGGGCAUAGCAGUUUUUGACGUUGUACAGCUCUUCCUUUUUCAGGGCAAGGAUCUGGGCCAGUCUGAAUUAUUGGAAAGACCAGGGGCAAUUGUAUCUAAUCAUGUAUCAUAUGUGGAUAUUCUUUAUCACAUGUCAUCUUCUCUUCCAAGUUUUGUUGCUAAGAGAUCAGUGGCCAGAUUGCCCCUAGUUGGUCUCAUAAGCAAAUGCAUUGGUUGUAUUUUUGUUCAGCGAGAGUCUAAAACUUCAGAUUUCAAAGGUGUUUCAGGUGCUGUAACUGAAAGAAUCCAGCGAGCUCAUCGACAAAAGAAUUCUCCGAUGAUGUUGCUCUUUCCUGAGGGCACAACUACAAACGGGGAUUAUCUCCUUCCAUUCAAGACAGGGGCCUUUCUCGCAAGAGCACCAGUACAACCUGUCAUUUUAAGAUACCCUUACAAGAGAUUCAGUCCAGCAUGGGACUCCAUGGAUGGGGCACGCCAUGUAUUUCUGCUCCUUUGUCAGUUUGUGAAUCAUCUAGAGGUUGUGCAUUUGCCUGUGUACUAUCCUUCUGAGCAAGAAAAAGAUGAUCCGAAGCUCUACGCAGAUAAUGUACGGAAAUUAAUGGCAGUGGAGGGAAACUUGAUUCUUUCAGAUCUUGGGUUAGCGGAGAAGCGAGUGUACCAUGCAGCCCUGAAUGGUAAUAAUAGUCUGCCUCGUGCCUUACACAAGAAAGAUGAUUGA